AUGGCCGAAUUCGACCGGAGCGCCGGCCGCGAGAAGGGAGGCGGUGACAGCGUGGCGGAGGUGGGCUCACUCUGCUCGGGCGUGCCUGGGCCGAUGGUUUCUGGCGAGCAGAAGCCGCCGAUCACGCAGGGCAGCCACCGUACCAAAGCUGACGGGACGAUCGUCCACCCGCAGGCGGAAUCGCUGUUCGCCGCGUGCCCGUGGGUGCGUCUGGUUCCCGUAGUUGGCUACGCCGUGGAGGGCUACGGACCAAAACUGAUUGCCUCGGUAUGCCUCACCUACGUCCUCUGUAAAGGAGCGGCGGACCAGAUAAUCGGCCUCUCACGCCAGCCAAUGCUCAUGAAGCGCUACGGCCUCGACGCCACGCGGUACCAACGCCUUGCCGCCGUCUGGGGAGCAGGAUGGUCUGUGAAGGCCUUCAUCGCGGCACUCACGGACACGUUUGCGUUCAUGGGGUACACGAAGCGGUGGUACACGCUACUCUCGUGCGUUAUGGGUGCUGGCUUCAGCCUGGGCUAUGCACUGCUGCCUGCGCAGCCCUCGUCCGGCGCCCCCGCCGCCGCGUUUAUCUUCCUCACCACCCUUAGCAAGUCGAGCGUGGAUAUCCUGUCGGAGGGCCACUACAGCCGCCUGAUGCGCCGUAACCCACGUCCGGGACCGACGCUCGUGAGCUGUGUGUGGGUGUCCAUCUUUGCAGGGUCCACGAUCGCGUCCACGAUUCAGGGCCCGCUGUCGGGGAGUGGCAGGGUGCACGUGGGCGUGAUGAUCUCGGCUGCCCUGCAGUUUGUGGCGGGCAUUAUUUUCGUGUUCAACUGGUACGGUGAAAAGACAAACCGGGAGGAGCGGCUGCAGGACCUGCGUGACGCCAAGGCUGCGCUUGCGAAGGCCUGUGCAAAGACCCGGCGGGGCUCGCCCCACGUGGAUCUAAAGACAGUUACCACUGACGAGGAGCUCCGCCUGGAGGGGCAGAAUCCAUCGUCGCCUCUCCAGACCCUGGGCACGCACGCGCAUCAGCUCCAACAAAACUUCCUGGUUGUCAACGACGAUAUGCUUGGCCUCUCGACCUGCGAUGAGGUCAAAGGCAUUCACGAGCGGAACCGUGUUUCCGCACUCGGUGGCGACGUGGUGGCGGCAAGGGAGAGCGAUGAUGACGAGGCGGUGGAGGAGAACUUGCGCAUCCCUUCAUGUCUGUUUGGUCUCUUCGAGAUCAACACCGAGGUGGUGCGGCACAACUGGCGCGUCGUGCUCUACAGCGCGGUAAUGACUUGCAGCGUCGUGGCGCUGGUGUGCGUGACAAUCCUCGGCACAACAUGGGAGCUGAUGUAUAUGAGCAUCGCCAUCUCCCUUGUGUGCUGCGCCUUCGCCUUUUUCACUCUUCCGCUGGUCAUCGCCAAGGCACAGGUUUUCUUCUUCCUGAACUCGUUGCUGUACCUGCAACUCCCUGGUGCACUGGACAGCUUCUACCUCGCGAACGCUUCCUGCGUGCCUGGCGGUCCGCACUUCUCCUACGUCUUCUACAACACCAUCAGCGCCGUCCUCUCGAACAUCGGUGGUAUUGUUGGCGCCGUCCUCUUCGCCAACAUCUUUUCAACGAUGAACUACCAGGUCACCAUGUGCAUCACGGUCUCUCUCAUGGCGGUGGCAAGCAUCUUCGACAUCAUUAUCGUGGAGCGCUGGAACGUCUACAUUGGCAUCCCGGACCACGCCAUGUACAUUUGCGGUGAUGCGAUCGUGUACAAUGUUUGCAACAUGCUAACCACCAUGCCGUGCACGAUCUUGAUGUCGCGCCUGUGCCCUCGUGGCUCGGAGAGCAUGGUCUACGCACUGAUGUCUGGCCUAUUCAACUUUGGCCAGACCAUGUCCACGGCUAUCGGCGCGCUGCUGAUGGAGACGCGCUGGCCGUUGGAUACAAACUCGGUUCCGUGCGACUUUAGCAAUGUGCGCUGGCUCCUGGUCACCGGGCAUAUGUGCUCCCCGCUGCUCAUUGUGCCGCUGUCGUUCCUUCUGCUGCCUCGCCUCCGCAUCUGCGACGACAUCGACGUGAACGGUCACGCGAUUCACGCGCCGCUGAGGGCGGAGUUCAUCAGGGAGGGGCAGCAGGCGCAGCGCAUCUCAGCAGCCAAGGACUGCUUGGACACCAACGCCAAUGCACGGGAUGCUCACCUGACGGGCGCCCGGGCCUCAGACUCCCAUCAGCUUACCGAUGCCGAGGGUGCUGUACAGAGGGUCGUGAAGUGA